AUGUCACAAGAAAAUUUAAAAUCAAUAACGGAGGAGGAAGAGGAAAAGUCGAAAUCGGGGGACAGUAAGUCAAUAAGAUCAGCUAGAAUAUCAUUUGCAGAAGUUGUAGAAGAUGAAGAGAAACAAAAUUUAAAGAUAGAUGAGGAUGUAUAUAAAUUAGCGGGAAAAUCUUUUGAGAAAGAGUUAGAUGAUGGGGAAGAGAAAACAAGUUUAAAGAUAGAUGAGGAUGAAAAUACAGUGACAAAAGAUGAAGAUGAAAAUACAAUGAUAGAUGAUGAUGAUGAUUAUGAGCAAAAAAGCGAAGAAUAUGUCGAUGAAGAAGAACAUUAUGAUGAAGAUUUGGGCGAAGAGGGUGAAGAUAUAGAAGAUGAAAAUGUAGAAACAAAAGAGCAACCUAAAAAAUUUAAAAUAGACGAAGAAGCAGUAACAAAACAUAAGCACAAAAUCACAUUAAUGACGCCUUCAUUGCUAAUCUUGGAUGAAAAGGAUAAAGCCAAAGAUAAAAUUAGUACAAAGUAUUCGACAGAAUCUGAGAAUUUUGGCGAAGAGUUCGAAGAAAUGGAAGAAGAACAUGAAGAUGAAAUAGAAGAAGAAGAAGUUAAAGAUGAAUUCAUCGAUAAAGAGGCAUACCUGGAAAUGUAUCAAAGGUUAACAGAAGAAAAAAAAUUAUUACGACGUCGAAAUGCAUAUUUGCAUCGAAAAAUGACUGAACAUUUAAAAAAACGAAAUCUUGAAUCAUUAUUAAAAGAACCAACUUAUACCGAUUCUCAAGAACUAACAGAAAAAUAUGAAAAAAAAUUACUUACAUUAGCUAAAAAAUUAGAAUGGCAUGCAGCGCAAAAAGAAAAAUUAACUGAAGAAUUAGAAUUGAUGAAGAAACAAGUGGAUGAAGAACAAACUAUAUUAGAUGCGACAUUUGAAGAUUUUUUGAAACGUGAACGAGAAAUUUCAGUUGGUUUAAUUGACACAAGUACGGGACAACCAAUUUCAGAUCAAUUAUUCAACAGAUUACUAAAUCUACAAAAGCAGAAAUUUGAAACUAUUGGCGAAAUUCGUUUAGAAUGUAUACGACUUCGGGAUAAAGUAAAGAAAAAAGAAAAAAUACUAGAAUCAAUCGAAACAAUUGGUGAUAAUUUACACUUAGUGGAUUAUGAAUAUUUGUGUAUAGAAAAUCAAAAUUUAAACGAUAAAAAUGAAGAACGUGAUGACGAAUUAUCAAAAUUGUAUAACAAAAGUGCUGCUUCAAUACAAAUUUUAGCACAUGUUCGUCAAAAAAGUUAUGCAACUGCAGUUGAUUUUCAAGUAAUGGAAGAAAAAUUAAAAGAAGUUGAAAUACAAUUGUCAGAGACCCGAGAAAAUUUAAACACAUUAAAAAUGCAAAGAGAUUCAUAUCGUUCGGAAGCAGUUCGUCUAAAAGAAUCAUCUGGUUUGUUAACACAAAUGAAAUUAUUGCAUGAUUUUGAACAUACCAAUGAUGAAAUAGUAAAAGCACGUGCAGAAUUGGAAUCAAUUAAGAAGAAAUUUAAUGCUGAACAGGAGGAAUUACAUCAGUUGCAAAGUUUAUUGAAUGGCUAUGGGGGCGAUAGGAAAAGUGCAUCUUAAAUACGUAAUCUCAAUUAAGAUAAUUGAUUUUACUGCAUUCA